AUGAUAAAUAUUUUAACACAUGGACAAAAAUUAGGUAUAGAUGGUUUCGGUAUUCAUUCAAUGUCGACGAAUGGUGGAGGCUUGAGCAUCAAAAAUGGAGAUCCUUUUUCAACGAAAGGUGUAAGUACCAAUGGUGAUGCAAUCAAUGGUUGUCUUGGAAAUACUGUCAAAGAGAUUAAAUUAAUGGACAUAAACCAACAUAUUGAAACUGUUAGUAUUGAACGUGUAUUGUAUUGUGUAAGAUUUUCACAAUUUAAAUAA